UAUUACUUCGUGCUAAGCAGUUAACUCCAGCCUAGAUAACGUUCGUACCGUGGUGAAUAUCAGGGGGCUGGUUCGUACCACGUAUUCUCGGCCAUUUUAAUUUCUUUCCGCGUUCGGUUUUCGUGGAGCCGCGAAGAAACCAAAAAUACCACAAUGGUCGCCCAAAAGAAGCAGAAAAAGGCUAUGGAGAGCAUCAACUCCAGGCUUGCUCUGGUAAUGAAAUCCGGAAAAUACGUUCUGGGCUACAAACAGACGUUGAAGUCACUUCGCCAAGGCAAAGCAAAGCUCGUCAUCAUUGCCAACAAUACCCCACCACUAAGGAAGUCCGAAAUUGAGUAUUAUGCCAUGUUGGCGAAGACCGGUGUCCAUCACUACACGGGAAAUAACAUCGAAUUGGGAACAGCUUGUGGUAAAUACUUCAGAGUUUGUACCCUUUCGAUCACUGAUCCUGGAGAUUCGGACAUCAUCAAAUCCAUGCCAACUGGUGAUCAGGCUUAAAUUUCAUCUUAUAUUUUACAAUUAAUAAAAACGCCGAAAACUCACUCAA